AUGAAGAAAGCAAAAGGUACAUCUCGUCCUAAAUUUGUUAAUUCUCGCAAAGCUUUUCGAAAGGAAAAGAGGCAACAAAAGAAGUUACAUCGACGUGAAUACUACGAAAAGAAGAAAAAUAACCAGGAUGGUCCAAAAUUUGAACCUGGGAGAUUUGUUAAACGUCCAGCAAUAAUGCCAAAAGUCGAUCUAGAAACUAACAAGAAAAUGAAAAAGAAUCUACCAUUUUCACAAGAUAUUUUAAAUAAAGAAAGGCAAAAAGAUUUGAAUGUAGCACAGAAACUUAAAUCAGAAAUGGAUGAACAACGUAGAAAAAUUUUAUUACAAGCAAAUGAAGAAGAAGACAAAAUAAUCAAAAAGCUAGAAAAACAACUUGGUUUGAACAAGUCUAAAAAUAAAACUAAUCAUUUUUCUGAAGAUGGAUUAGAUUAUCUUUUAGAAAUAUGUGAUAGGACUACAUCUGAGCAAAUUGUGGCUGCGGAGAAACACUUGGCAGAUGUUGAAGGUGAUUCAGAUUUUGAUGAAGAUUUAGCUGCAGUAACAGGCAAGGAAUUGCAAGUUGAUAAACAAAAACGGAAUAAAGACAAAGAAGCAAUAAAGACAAAAAAACAAAGUAAACAUGAAAAUUCAAAUAAAAUUAUACAAGAUUUUGAAACAGGUGAAACUGAUGAUGAAAACUUUGAAUCUGAUAUUGACAUGGAACUAGAAGAUGCAAGUGGUGAAUUAAAUGAAGAUUUUAGUGAAGAAGGUGAUGAUGAUGAUGACAAUGAAGAAGAACAAAUGGAUGAUCAUGAGCCAAUUGCAGAUGAUGUGGUAAUGAAAGAGCAAGGCAAGGGUACGGAUAAUAAAAAAACCAUAAAACAACCAAAAUUGAUAACAGAAAAUGAGUUAAAUAAAAUUUUCAGCGAAGAUGAAGUAUCACAUAUAUCCGAUGAUGAGGAUUUAGAUGAAAUAUCUGUUCCAGAAAACUGUGAAGAUAAAAAUGAAGAUAACAUCAAAAGCAAAGAGAAACCUGAUGUUUGGGAAGACAUCUAUGGAAGAAAAAGAGAUAAAGAGGGAAAUAUAAUAAAAGAAGAGAAAGGCAUUUAUAUUCCUCCACAUUUGAGAAAUAAAGAUUCAGCUUCAGAUAAGGAUCUAGCCCAACUUAAGAGGCAAAUUAAAAGCAUUCUCAACAAACUGGCGGGUACCAACCUUCACUGGGCGUGCACCUCCAUUGAGAAUUUAUACUCGAACAAUAGUCGAAAUUCAGUAAAUACAGCCCUGUGCCAGCUUUGGUUGGACGCGACUGUGGCGCCCUCUGCGACGCCCGACAGAUUGGUAGCUGAGCAUGCAGCUUUGGUGUCAGUUUUACACGCCAAUGUCGCUAGUGAGAUUGGUGCACAUUUUCUACAAGAGCUGACUAAGAUAUUCGAUGAGAUGGUUGACACACAGCAGCCGAUGCAGGACAAGAGGCUAGAAAACUUGACGUCCUGCCUAUCGCAUUUGUACAGUUUUAAGAUCUACCACAGCGCCCUUCUGUACGACAUCCUCGCCCGUCUCAUGGAGGACAUCUCCGAGAAACACAUAGACUGCGUUCUCACCGCCCUUAGAAGUGUCGGAGGCGUGCUGAGGAAGGACGAUCCAAUCGCCUUGAAGAAUUUCAUUCACGAGACCCAAGCAAAAAUCGCCAAACUAAACGAAAAUGCUGCUAGUGGGUCACGUAUAAAGUUCUUGCUGGAAGUGUUAAUGGCUGUGAAAAACAACAAUCUCAAUAAAAUCCCCAACUACGACCCCACUUACGUUGAAAUUCUGAAGAAGUCGACGCGCAGUAUUGUGAGGAAGGGCAACUACGUGACACCGCUGAACAUUCGCUUAGAGGAUUUGCUGAGGGCGGAUGAAAGGGGAAAGUGGUGGAUAGUGGGAUCAGCGUGGGAAGGCAAUCACACCCGCCAGGAAGAUAAACCGACCCUCCGACCGCCGCCCAGCACUGACCAGAAGCUGCUAGAGCUUGCUCGAAAGCAAAGGAUGAAUACCGACGUGAGACGGAGUAUAUUUUGCGUUAUUAUGUCAGCGGAGGACUUUAUGGAUGCUUUCGAGAAGCUUCAGCAUCUAGGCCUCAAAGGUCAGCAGGAGAGGGAGAUCGUCCACGUGUUACUGGCCUGCUGCUUACACGAGAAGACGUACAACCCUUACUACGCGGUGUUGGCACAGAAGCUGUGUGACUUCGACAGGAAGUAUCAGCUGUCAAUACAGUUCUCCGUGUGGGACAAGAUUAAGGAAAUGGAAACGCUACCGAAGCAGAGUAUGACCAACUUGGCGCAGUUCCUCAUACAUUUGAUCAUGGGGAAGGGCCUUCCGCUCUCUGUUUUAAAGAUCAUACAAUUCUCGGACCUAAACAAACGAUCUGUCCGCUUUAUGCGUCAGAUCCUAUUGGCCGUGAUCAUGAAUUCCGACUUCCAAGCCUCCUUAGAAGUGUUCCACAGGAUAUCCAAGUCUCCAAAAUUGCAUAUGUUCAGAGAGAGUCUUCGCUUGUUCAUACAACAUUUCCUCAUCAAGAACGCCGGCAAGAAGAGUAGCGUUCUCAGCGAGGAGGAAAUGGAGACAUUGAAAGAGAGAGCCGUAGAAGUUGAUAAGAUAUUGACUAUGCACGAAUCUAAACUUAGGUUUUAA